AUGAGCCGAUCGGAAGAAGCCACGCAACUAUUCGAGGAGAUCGAAAGGACCUUCUCUUCCACCAGCCUGGGCAACGAGAGAUGGUACUUCAUCCCGAUCGCCGCUCUGUCUGGUGCUGGCGUGCCGGAGUACGCCAUACAGCUAUACUCUCAUCUCGUUGAGAGGCCGGGAUACGCUACGCCUGAGGCACGACAGCGAUUAGUCCGUCGCAUACGCGAGGCGUUGGUCAAGUGUGUGCCAAUUAUCGGCGUCUGUCGUCCGCUCGAGGUCAUUUUCGGUAUUGCGAAGAUCGAGAAGGAUGAAGAUAAGGACUACUCGUUUUCGAGGGAACACUGGCAGUCUGGCGAGCAAAACCAUGAGAGAGGGGUGUCAUGGCUGAGUCGAAUCUACCAGAAGAAUAUUGACGGCAUCCAGGACUCUCUGGCCGCUCACAAAGACUUCUUCUGGAUAUCAACCGAGAUCACAUACGGCCUCUACCUCUCCGACCACACGAUACUCGACGACGUCGAGACCGAGCUGGUCGUCCUGUCGGGGAUCAUGAUACAGAAUCUAAACAGUGAAUCCCGCUGGCACCUCCGCGGUAUGCGGCGGAUUGGCAUUGCGCAGGAAGACGUUGAACUAGUCCAUCAGUGUAUCGAACUCGUCGCAAAGUUUGCGCAGGUCAAGAUUGAUAGAGUUCCGAGAGUAGCUGAAGUCGAGCAUGAGGUGUGA